AUGAAACGAGGGAAUAAACAAAAAAAAAUGAUUCAACUGUCAUUUAUGUCAUGUCAUUGUUUGCAAAUCUAAUUUAUUCAACUACCUAUAUAGUUUUCUUUAUCUUUUUAGGUUUAUUGGAAAAAAUACCAAUCUAAUUAUACACAAUGGCUGGAUAUUCAGAGGAUCAGUUGGCAGAGUUCCAGGAAGCAUUCCAACUAUUUGAUUCGCGUGGAGAUGGCAAGAUACAUGUGGCACAAAUUGGGGAUGCCCUGAGGGCUCUUGGACAGAACCCAACAGAAUCAGAUGUUAAGAAAUGCACUCUUCACUUGAAACCUGAUGAAAGGAUAUCCUUUGAAGUUUUCCUUCCUAUUUACCAAGCAAUUUCGAAAGCUCGGAGCGGAGACACAGCCAAUGACUUUAUUGAAGGGCUGCGCCAUUUUGACAAGGACGGGAAUGGUUUCAUUUCAUCGGCAGAGCUGCGCCAUCUUUUGUCCACCCUGGGGGAAAAGCUGAGUGAUGAUGAGGUGGAGCAACUGCUUCAGGGGCAAGAGGACUCGCAGGGCAACAUCAACUACGAGAACUUCGUACAUCUCAUCAUGCAAGGCUGAGAGUCAACCGACCAACCAGCCUCCCUACGCAUUUAUCAUAACAGGCAGUUCACUCAACUGCCUGUCCAAAAUUAUACAUUCAAUACCGUAUGAUUCCCGUUUAAUGUAUUCCAAAUUUGUAUUAAGUACUUAUUAAUUAUAGUAUAGCUAUAUUACUUAUAAUAUAUUACGUAUCGAAUUAUUCGUCGCAAAUGUAUUUUUUUUUAGCUGGCAAAAGAUUUACUUUGAUUGCCGAAAAAAAAAACAGAAAAAUCCUCUUCUUUAAAACUGUUCUCGUAUAAUAAAGUAAUUUGAAACGGAUAAUAGCGAGAUAUAUUCUAAUAUUGCAAAUAAGAAUAAUGUGUUUUUUUUUAUUACACAAUAAUAUAAUUAUAGGUAUUAAUAAA